AUGACCGAGUCAAAGGAUAUGACCGAAAUAAUUGAUAAAAAUUUAGAGGAUAUAGAAAUCCAGGAAGUACUUAAAAAUGGUACGGACUUAAGGGAAUAUGCAUUACAAAUCGAUAAAAGUAUCAAAGAAGCAGAAAAAAAUUCGGUCGCUGAUUAUCUAAAGGAAAGUGAGAAUAUUUCAUCACUACAUAGUCAAAUCGAAGAUUGUGAUGGAAUUCUUGCUCGCAUGGAAAGUAUGCUGUUGGUUUUUCAGAAUGAUUUGGGGAGCAUAAGUAAUGAAAUUAUAAGCUUGCAAAAGCGUUCAGUUAAUAUGUCCGUUCAACUUUCCAACCGCCAAGCCCUUAAAGGUCCAUUGUCAUCAUUUAUAGAGGAUAUUGUAGUCUCUGAGACUCUUAUAUUUGGUAUCAACAAUGUUCCUGUAGUUGACAAAGAAUUCAUGAUACAACUGGCUAUACUGAACCAAAAACUUAACUUUGUAAAAGAACAAGAAUUCAAAGAAACGAAAGCAUGUCAUGAUGUUAAGGACAUCUUGGAAAAGUUGAAAAUAAAAGCCGUGGCUAAGAUAAGGACAUAUAUAUUGGAACAGAUAUAUAAAUUUCGAAAACCAAUGGCCAACUACCAAAUCCCGCAGAAUGCAAUGUUAAAAUACAAAUUCUUUUUUGAAUUCAUAUUAUCCAAUGAGAGAAAUGUUGCACAAGAAAUAUGCAAUGAAUACAUUGAUACACUAAGCAAAGUCUACUACUCAUAUUUCAAGUCUUAUGCUUCUAGAUUAGAUAAGUUGAAGUAUGAAGAAGUUCCCACAAAAGAUGAUUUAAUGGGCAUAGAGGAUGGGUCAAAGGGUGGUUUCUUUCAAAAGUCCAAUCUUAAAAAUAAAAGCACUAUAUUCACUAUUGGUAACAGAGGUGAUGUGCUCGCUCAACAAUUAGAAGCUCCUAUAAUUGUUCCUCAUGUGCAACAGAAGACAAAGUACUCCUAUGAAGCACUCUUCAGAAGCUUACAAUAUGCUUUAGUGGACAACAGUUGCAGGGAAUAUUUGUUUACAACAGAAUUUUUCCAUGUAAAAGGCAGUCAUGCUCAGGAAUUAUUUGACAGGAUACUUGGCAGAACACUUUCUUUACUUGUGAAAAAUGUUGAGAACUAUGUGUUAGAGUGUUAUGAUUGUCUUGCAUUAUUUCUAUGCAUACAACUUAUAAAUAGAUAUCGAUGGAUGUGUCACAAGAGAGCUGUCGCUGCUUUGGAUAGUUAUUGGGACUCUUUAUUAGGGACACUUACACCCAGAUUGGAGUAUAUUCUUAAACUGAACAUUCAAAGUGUCAGAGAUUGUGAUCCAGCCAAGUUAUCAAAUAAAGAGAUGGGACCUCACUAUAUAACAAGAAGAUAUGCUGAAUUUUCUGCGGCAGUGCUCAGUUUGAGUGAGCAGUUCCCCAAUGAAGAGCUAAGUAAUCUCCUACUUGCAAUGCAAGACGAAGUACAUUGUUUCUUGUUAAAGAUGGCAGCUGAAUUCCCGCAGAGAAUACAGCAAUUGAUAUUUUUGAUUAACAACUAUGAUAUGGUCUUGAAUAUUUUAAUGGAAAGGACCAGAGACAAUACAAAGGAGGCGGAAAGUUUUAAGGAGCAAUUACAAGCUAGAAGCACAGAAUAUGUCGAAGAAAUACUCAGCCCACAUUUUGGAGGUCUCAUGCAGUUUGUGAAGGAAGGGGAACAAUUACUUGAAAGUGAUAAAAAGAAUGAACUUGCAAAUUUGGAAAAGAAAUCCUUGUCGCUGGUCACAUCUUUCACAGCAGGUUGGAAACAGAGUCUUGAAGAAAUACACAGAGAAGUGCUAGUGUCAUUCCCGAAUCUAGUAACCGGCUCGGGUUUAUUACAAAUGGCUCUAACAAAUUUUGUUCAGUAUUAUCAUAAGUUUGUUAAACUCCUAACACCUAAUGCACGCACCCAACUUGUAAAUAUUCAUGUUAUAAUGGUUGAAAUCAAGAAAUACAAAACAAAUUAUUGA